AUGGCAAAAACAGUCAAGCAACUACGCUCGAUAGUUUGUUCGUACUUCCAGCUUCACUCUGGAGCGAACAAGUUUGACAUGGAGAAGCUCUUCCUGUCCGCUGAAUUGAGCCAAUCUGGCAUUUACAACAUCCUCCCCAGCGAUAAAGGCGAAAGCGUUGAGCGAAAGCCUGGUUUCGGCCGCCCUAUAGUACUGCGCGACCGUAACGGUCAGCAGAGGCUGACGUUGAAGAUAGUUAGCAAUGACGAGCUUAAAAGCUUCUGCCUAGCAGAGAAAAAAAAACAAGAAUGCCAUCGCAGGCAGUUACUUGAGUCGAGCGAAGCCAAAUCAUCGCACCGAAACACGCUCAGCUCAUCGCACCAUCACGAGAGUCAAUUCAUCACCAAGAACAACAGUAGGGUAGUUAGUCAACGGGGGGGCCUCGCGGUGCUUCCCUGCAGCGUCACCAUGUCAACACCAGCCACUGUUUCGUGGUUCCGACGGAAAGACUACCAGCUGCUCACGGUCGGGCUGUCCACGUACAGCAGCGACGAUCGGUUCCUGGUGGAGCACACCCGCCACCUCGGCAACUGGGCGUUACGGAUAAAGAACGCCCGCAAGGAGGACGAAGGACUGUACGAGUGCCAAAUUUCCACCCAUCCGCCACAGUCGAUUUUCAUCGAGCUUAGGAUCGUAGAGGCAGCGGCUGAAAUUUUGGAAGCGCCCGAUUUACAUAUAGACGAGGGAUCGACGCUACGGCUGGAAUGCAAGCUGAAACGUGCCACCGAAAGUCCUUUGUAUGUCUUCUGGUACCAUGAGGAUCGAAUGGUCAACUACGACCAGGAGGAUGGCAUUUCGGUGUCGACGAACAAGCUGACAUCGAGCGUCCUGACGGUGCGGAAUGCGACGGCCCGGCACGGAGGCAACUACACCUGCGCACCUGCCAAUGCCCGGCAGUCGAGUGUCUACGUACACGUGCUCAAAGGUGAAAAGCCAGCCGCAAUGCAACAUCCGAACAAGAGUCCGACGGCAGCAUCCGGCGCAAGCAGCAGCGGAGGAAGCAGCAGCACAGCCGUCAGUCGACGCCUAACGAGCUCUGCCAGCUGCUGGCUGGCUGUUCUGCUGCUGACCUGGACCUACUACUGGUCCUCGCCAUGGGUUCUCUUCCGUCACUGCAGCAGUGGCAGCUCCUUCCACUCGUCGCCACCAGCUUCAUCCUCAGCGGCCUGGCUUGCGGCGGUGUUUCGUCGCACGACGACGUGCUCCGGACUCCGGACUAGCUUCAGGAUGACAUUUUGUAUACUAUUAGUGCUGGUAACCGUAAAGACUACAGUCAGCAAAAGUAUUAAAUUGUUUGAUGCGGUUUAAGAGGGCGCACUGGAAUGUGAUAGAAUGGGAUGAAAGUGCGGAGAGAGGGAACCGAAUUCCGUACCGCUGCGCUGUACCGACGAAGGCCGCCCUCUGAGCCUAUUGCAGGUUAGAGAACUUCGUUUUAGGGACGAGUAGUUAUAACUAUUUUGU